GUCAGCCUGAGGUGCAGCACGAGCUCCCCCGAAUUCUAGCGGGAUCAGCAGCGUACGCAGAAACGAACAGUCGCGAAAAGCCGUCGUAAUUGACGUGCUAGUGCUGCUGCACGUGAAAUAGCUAGCGAAAAAAGCUGCUAGAAAGAACAACAAUUGAAAGUCGCCCCAGCUACACGAAACAACGACUACAGUACCAGUAACAGCAGCACACGGAGGAGCUACAACGGUGGAGAGGAAGGACCGCAAAUCGAAAGAUAGCAAUAGCAGAAACAGGCAAAACCGCAAUGUGCUUCACCAGAUGUAAGUAAGCGCCACCAAUAACUAUAUGCUAACUAGGGCAGAAGCGAGGAUCUGGUAAAAUUGUUCGUAUCAUGACCCGACCACAACAGCAGUUAGUUUACGAACGUGCCGACCCACGCAACGUCACAGCAUCAACAGCCAAACGACAACUCAAACAGCAGGCAAGUACAACCCUUUGAAAAGGAGGGCACGGACAAGUUUUUUUGUUUUAGUGCCGCAUUGGAGAAUUGCUAGGCGGGGACAUCGGGAGAGCAAACGAGCGAGACAGAAAAGCGCCAGCCACGGGAUAAAAAAUACCCCUGUUUUCCCUCCAGAUAAGCCGCGCGUUGCCCAUAUAAAAACAGUGGCAACGCGUGGUAGAACAAAGAAGCGCGUGCGAUUGGCGACAAAAAUAAAAGCCCUUUAUGAAGAAGACAUCUGUGGGAAGGUCGCGAGAAGAUUCCUGCUGAUUUUGUUAUACGUUAAGUUUUGUGCGUCAGGUGAGAUACAAGAUCGCUGAAUAGGCGAUCUAGGGUCCCUUAACCGCCGUUACUGUCGACCCAUUUCCCGGGUCGAUGAAAUAGCGAAUGAUAAAGUCCGCUGGUUGAUGUUUAUAGUGAAUAAUCAAUAGACAGGGAGAGAACAAGAAAAGGUCAAAUAAGAGACGCACCACAGUGAAGUCGAAGCUAGGAUAUCGAAAGUUCUGCCUAAUGUAUUGAGUUGUCGUUCGUCUAGUGAAGAACAACAUUGUCUUUAUAAGAUUCGUAGCUGAAACUGGAUUAGCUUUGUUUCGGACAAUAGCUCUGCAUAUCCAUCCCGCUGUGUGUUGUGUAUCAAAAGCAAAAAGUGUCUACAACAACUCGAGAGAGUUUUUCCAAAAUGCCAAUUGUGGUAGUGGGUAGCGACUGCCGUUCGUGAUUGCCUAUGGGCCUACAUUUCGUUCAUUACAAUAAGAAAAAUAAAUACUGAAAGUGCGACUAACUCAUCUCAUAUACUGUGCGUGUAACACCGCCUCAAAUGACACAGUAGGGCGGCUCAGGCCUUCCUUCUGCAGCUACCGGUUCUGUCGAGUCGAUCGCCUACAGUUAAGAAUUCAUCGGUCCGUGGUGUUCUCGUGCUUCAUUCGGUCUUAGAAAUCUCAGAGGCGUUGUGCGACGUAAAUGAAUCGUGUCCUAAUAUACAUUGUUGAUUUAGAAAACAUUCACAUAAUUUGUUCAGCCCAUUACUAAGCACGUUUGAUGAUUGCCUCAAAGGAUAAUAGCCACAGGAUUAGCAGCGACUCUCGUGCCUCUCAGUCACUAAAUGUGACUUCAUUUUAUCCUCAAAAUCGUAUCCUCAAAACACCGCAGAGUAUAUCUUAGGGAAACACAACUAGCAGAUCCUAAUCAGCAGACUUGUAGGACCUUGUAACAGCAAAGUAAAGAAAAGGUCUCAGCAAGAAAAGCUGACAAAGGCGGGUCAAACAAACCAAAGAUAGAGUCAAGAAAAGAAUAGCAGAAAGAUCACAGGCGAAACACGCAGCCUAGUAGGAUUUUCCCUAGAGGCAAGAAUCAGGCCGAAGGCCUUCGCAGUGGGGUCAGCAGUAGCAGAAAGGCCAUAUCAUCGAACGCGCGCCACAAGUGCAACAUAGUGCCGUGCCUCUGGGAUCGGCGUUGCUUCAGUUAGACACAGGUACGGUUAGGCAGAGUUAACUGAGUAGAUCGACCAGGAGCACAGCAGGCUUUUGACAUAGUGCCACUGCAUCGAAAUUUUGCCCCGUUGUGUUUUUGUGGGCACACUUAAGUCGCCAUUGGCGCAACGCCCAGGCUGAAAAAUUCAGGAUUAGGCGUUGUUUAUUAUCAGUUAGAACAGCUCGUUCAGUGUCUUCGCCAAAACCUUUUUGACACGAGGCCUUGUCAACGUAAACACCGGUGUCACUGUCAAUUUACCUUACAAUAUCAUCUCAAACGGUUCGUGUGAAACAAUUUCGCUUACUCGUAUUGUAAACUCUGCGUAACGUUGCCACGUAUAUGUUACGGAUCCAACAUCAGCAUCUGCCGCGUUUAUUAUACUUAGUGGGUCUGUGUCUGUGUGAUUUGCCGAGACAAAGUAAACGCCGAGAAAAGCGCAAGGCCAUUGACCCCGUGCUUCCGUGCCCUACACAGGCGUUUAUGUCUAGCGAUUGUGCCACGUCCUAGAUAGGAAGAGAAACGAACAGCGAUAAAAAUGAAGGCAGUAUUUAGGGCAUUGCAGAGUGUCGACCGCUGCUAAUAGAAUUCGACAACAUCGCCAACAACUACCCUCGUUGAAGUUACACGAUAACUAACUAACUCGAAUGCCUCUGAUAGCAACAAUAUCCAGCUACACUAAACAGAUAUCAGUAGCUUGUAGCUAAACGAUUGCACCCUAUGUAAUAACAACAAGUACGACGACGAAACAACAAGAAGGAGAUUCCUGUACGACCAGCUGAGUAACGGUUAUAUAGUAAAGCUUCCACAACAACGAAGACUGCUUUAGCGAGCGGCUAAUAAUAGCGCUCUACGAGGUAUCAGGGGCCGAAAGGAUACAUCACACCAUUUCGUCGUCAAAUCUCAAAGAGGCUGUACUCUGCAAGCCCGCGCCGAGUAAGAGCACUGCCCCACUGUUACCGUUCUACUUGUUGGAAGAGCGCCGAACUAAUCCUGCUUCGGUAGCCGGAGUCGCUUUUUCUCCGCCCAGCAGCCCGGUAAAACGCUCAUCCAUUUGUCGCAAUCGCAUCGCCGACACCAGCUCCAAAUCCAGCUAACAUAGAGGAGCAUCAACCCCAACCGCCUCUGGCAAGGACCGGAACGGUGUCGAGGGCACUAGCUGCCAAUACGAAGUUGGCACGAAAAUUCAGCCGUCGCUAUCGACUAAGCCAUGAUCAGAGGCAUCUCUAAAGAUAAGGUGCUUCCGCUGAUCGGGCGGUUGGUACGGACUAAGACAGUGCGACCGGAUGAUACCACUCCGAACGGGACAACUAUAGGCUCCACUGCUGGAGCAAACGUGCCCAACCUAAAGAGAUGCCUGACCACGUGGGACCUUACGUCAUUGGGCGUUGGGUCCUGUUGUGGUACGGGUAUGUACCUCGUGACCGGCAUGGUAGCUCGGAACCUAGCUGGUCCCGGCGUUAUUUUCUCGUUUUGUUUUGCCGCGUUAGCGUCGCUGCUGUCCGGUGUUUGUUAUGCUGAGUUCGGUGUGCGUGUCCCGCAUACGUCGGGGUCUGCUUAUAUGUACAGCUAUGUGACUGUGGGCGAAUUCGUUGCAUUCGUUGUUGGUUGGAAUAUGAUUCUUGAGUACCUGAUAGGCUCCGCGGCUGGUGCCUGCGCUAUCAGUGCCUGCAUCAACGCCAUGUUUGACGGGGCCAUUCACGACGCUAUUCGGAGCACAGUUGGUACUUUUGUUGGCCACACUCCUGACCUUCUAGCGGGCCUGAUCACUUUUCUGAUGACGGGCCUUCUCGUCGCGGGAGUUAAGAAAUCGUUGGCUUUCAACAACAUUCUUAAUAUGGUCAACUUUUUUGUCUGGUGUUUCAUUAUGCUUGCCUCCCUGUUCUUCAUUGAUUUCAACAAUUGGAGCUCCGACAAAGGAGGUUUUCUGCCAUAUGGUUGGUCAGGAGUGCUUUCAGGAGCGGCGACGUGUUUUUACGCGUUUAUUGGAUUCGAUAUUAUUGCCACAACAGGUGAAGAAGCCAAAAAUCCUACCAAAGAUAUACCUAAGGCUAUUACGUGGAGCCUUGCGACAGUCCUCACGGCAUAUCUCACGUGCAGCAUCGUGGUAACUUUGGUCAUACCGUACAACGAAAUCAAUUCUGCAUCUGGACUCGUAGAAAUGUUUGCCCAGAGGGACGCACCAGGCUGUCAGUACAUUGUCGCCAUCGGCGCCUUGGCGGGCCUUGUGGUGUCGAUGUUUGGCUCCAUGUUCCCGAUGCCUCGGGUCGUAUAUGCAAUGGCUAAAGACGGACUCAUAUUCAGAGCUCUCGCGAAGAUAUGGCCAGUUACAGAAACCCCAGCUACUGCUACUCUUUUUCUAGGUGCAGCUACAGCAGUUGUCGCCAUGGUCAUGGGGCUGGAUGUUCUUGUAGAAAUGAUGUCGAUCGGCACAUUAAUGGCGUACACGUUAGUAUCCACGUGCGUCCUGCUCCUCCGCUACCAGCCCGGAAACAAAACUGUAGUCGACCUUCUACCGGAAUCAGUGCGGUCUGCCUGUCCCACGCCUACAAGAGAUUAUCCCAAGCCGGGUGGUGAGCCAAUGAGUGCAAAUCCGUUUAUUAACAACACAGUUGUGGUCACAUCGAAACGUUCCAACCGCGUUCUCACUCCAGACUCAGACGAUGAAGAAAUGGGCUUUACUGGUCUCGGAGUUGUAGGACACCACCGAUUCCCAGGUGUCACGGCUCAGUGGAAAAACCGGCAAGAUAUGUACGGUUCAAUGCAGGAGGAGUCACUUGAGGAAGAGGAAGAUCUGUUUCAACAGCCUUCGUACUGGGACUUAAAGCGCCGUCAGAUCGGGUACAUGUUUCCGUUUCUGACACAGAAUCCUGGCCCCGCAAAUGACGCGACGGCAACGCGAGUCAUCCGUCUGACCUGCUGUUUGUAUGGGUUUUCUUUAUUAUUCGACCUUGUUGUUGUGUGGGGCCAAGACGCGCUAGGGACUGGUUCCUUCGCGGUGGCCUUACUCAGCGUCGCGUGCCUUAUCGGAAUCGUCGUGUCCGUGUUCCUCAUCGGCAAACAACCGCAGGCCAAAUGCGAUUUGAAGUUUGCUGCGCCGGCGGUGCCGAUUGUACCCUCGAUCGCGAUUACAGUCAACAUCUACCUCAUACUCAAAUUGUCCUACCUCACGCUAAUACGAUUCGUCGUCUGGAUGACGCUAGGUAUGUUUAUGUAUUUUUGCCAUGGCAUUAAGGAGAGCAAUCUCGAAGGAGCCAGCGAAGAACGCAUCGAACUCAAGGUGCCAAGCAACCAGGCAUCGGCUGCAAAGGACAAAGAAGACAGCACACAAAAGCAUAAUCCCCUCAAGUUAGCGGCACCCCCGCCGAAACUACCACCACGGCCCGUACACCGCGGCGAACCUGUUAUGAACCCGCUAACGAAUCCCUUCCUUAACAUGGGCAACGCUAACACCAAGAUCAUGCAAGAGACCGAAGCAAGCGUCAAUGCCAAUGGAAACGGAAGCGUUGUCACAACGACGAAAGCCCUACCGCCUGCGCGCACAGCCUGGGCCACUUUCGACUGAGAUUCACAGCUGCUUGUUCUAUAGCACUGCACGUUAAGCAGCACGCACCACGCAUCAGUAUUCGAGAUUACUUCAUUGAGCCGAAAUACGGUUAGUUAUGAUUGUGUCGAACACGCCGCGACAACAUACAGAUGUUGUCCUGAGUUCCUUUCAACAAAAAGGAGAAGGGCAAGUCGUAGAGUUUCUGAAGAGCAGCUGAAGUCGAGUCGGCAAUUCCCACACUGUGCAAUAGGUUCGAAUAACAAGCGCUUGCUCGUCCUUAAUAAGACUGCUGUUUACAUUCGAUUAGUUGAGUAGCAGAAAAUGGACAUGACGAAGCAGGAGCGUGUCUGUGAGAGGCACACACGUUACGCAAAUGCUGACGGUGAUGACCAUGCUGGUGAUGGAGAAGGCCACGGGGGAAGCUACAAUAGUCUACAACGCGCAAACACAGAUACAUUACGUAUACAGCGAUUACGGUGAUCGCAACAACAACAACUAAACGCUUGAUCUCUUCUAGCCAAUAGGGACAGGGCUAAGAAACUUCGAAGCGCUCUCACGAAAAACUUUUUGAUAGGGCGUUUUCAAACGCGACGACUAAAUAAUCACACGCUAGACGAGACGAGAUUCAUCGGCUCUGACCUGCAUAAGGUUGUUGUCUAGAUAAAAGCGAGUUGUUUAUCUAGCAACAAGGCCCUCGGCUAGCCCAGUCCCGUGUUAAUGUACGACGGCUGAAGCUCUGUGGUGUGGCCAUAAGCAACGCUGGCCAACGACGCAUCUUUUUCAAAUGGAGGCGCGUCUUUGAAUGGCCGUUAACCAUUACUGACUGUAAUAAUAACGGUGGCACAAUAAUAAUGAGAUAUGUGUUAGUAGUUGAUUGCGUGGAAGAGUAUAUAGCAGUAAAUGUUAUCAAAUGAAAUGGACGACUGAUACCGAAUGGAUAAUACAGUGUGAGAUAAACAUGAACUAAUAAUAACAAUAGUGACAUAUUAUCGUUAUUAUUUUUGUUCUAUAUACUAUGUGUGACGUUUAGCUAACCAAAAUAUAUCGUCUCUACUGGUAUAGGUAGCUGGAUCAAUACACAAUAUAUAAAUGAAGAACUACAAUUGCUACUAAGAGAUGUACCAGCACAUCGCAACAUGGAGAUAUGAGCGACCCUUUUCCGCUUCCCACACUCACGUCGAGUAAUAAGGACGAACCUUCCACAUUGUACAGAAACAAGCUGAUCAACACUCAGCAAUAUAAGAAGAAACAGGACAGCCAAUAAUAACGAAAGAGAAACGAUGAAAAAUCACGCGGUAGUACUGAAACGGGACAAUGUGGCGUCAUCACGAUCAGUUCUCAUGGUAUGCGUAUGCCAUACAUGUGCAUAUAUAUAUAUAUAUAUAUGAGAAUUACCAAUGAAAUAUAGUAUGGAAUGAGCUAAUACAGUGGCUGCGAACAGGAAACUACUACAGAACGAAGCAUUCUAUAUAUACGGUGGCACAUUUAAAUUGGGCAAAAGUUUUAACGAUCUGUAUGCCACAACGGGCAUGUGUUUAUCCGUUAUUCGUCACAACCAAUUGCCUUUUAAAAACAACAGACUUUUUCGGAGCAAAAAUUAGCUGCUGUCCAAUUUUCCCGCACCGAACAUUUCUGCCGUGUUUUUUCGUCUGAAAUCGACAGUUGAUAUUAACCGUUUUCAUGCGAUUUCUACAAAAUUCGAGCAAGGCUUAUCGGAGGAUACUCAACAGGGUUUAAGUUAAAACUUCAUGAAAUUGUUCAAAACGUUAUUUUUGAUAACCUUUUGAUAUCGAAAUUAACGGUCACUCUAGAGAGAGAAAUAUUAACGAUCAAUCAGGUCGCCCAGUGGUUACUUUUCGACCUUUUUUUACACUUUUCAAAAAGUGUUUGUCCCCACUUUGAACUUUUGUGUUACAUAACAUUUUCGGACAGCUGUCAACCGUGAAGCUGAAAUGAACGUUUUGGAGCAAUAUUUUUACGGUUGUUUUACAACUACAGAUAUCUAUUGACGUACGGUUACGAAGGAAUAUUUUUAAAAUGGCUAGAUGUAGAAUUGAAGCUGUAAUCCGGUGGAUAAUAAUUGUGUUAAGUAUAACCGUCAGAAACGAAUUUUGUACGUAGUACAUUCCAAAAAAACGAAUGUUUGGCACAGCUUUGUAAAUCGACUUAGACGAGUCGAUAUAUUGUGAUCUAGAGGGAUUAAUAGCGACAAGGAACGAGAUUACAGGUCUGAAGGCAAAAUUGAUCAUAUCGUGUGAAUCAAGUGGUAACCGGAAUAAAACUAAUGGAGGGGCAACCAGUGCACUAAAUUGUCGCCCGGUCACCCCUCCAUAGUGAGCUUUCAGAAAGGAUUAGUGCAGCAUAUGUUCAUACGUAUUAAAGAAAAUCGGCAAAAGAUAACAUCUAGCAAUGUACGUGCUUUCCAGUGGCCUCGCUAUUGAUAGAUAUCUCAAAAUUCAUAUCUCAAAAAAGCUAGACUUAUUCCUUUUAGAAGAUUUUUUUUCACAGUGAAUUAUUAUAUUUUGUCUCUGCAUGCUAGCUUGCAGCCGACCUGCAAACGACCCCGGAAACGUACUGUUUUGAACGUGUAUAGCUUUACGCGUAAUCUGUGUUCAGUUUUAGUAAAAAAUAAAAUAAAAAACAGCCAAUUUCAUGUUAAAAAUCAGUAUUCAGCUGAGAAUUAGCCAGCGUAUCUAUGGACCCCUAAUAUUCUAUUUAGCUCAGAAGCGCCCGCCCGGAGUUUACACAAUGCACGGCUUUCGGCGAACCCUAUAUGUAACCUAUAUACUACAGAUCUUCAACGAUAAAGCGAAUCUUCUCAGUAAAAUAUGCCAUAUAGUAAUUAUCCGUCUAGGGACCUGGAAACGGUGUUGUCAAAUAUUGUAAUUUAUACCGCUCAAGGUAGAUCAGUGAACGUUUAAGAAAGACAUGGAAUACACGAGAAGGGUGUAACCUGUAGCACACAAUAUAACGAAUACUUAACCGUCAAUAGUGAAAUGAAAAAAAUGAAAUGACAUUAAAGAAAAGUCCCUGAGUAACCAAACAGGUCGCUAUCGUAAGGCCUGCGGGAACCCCCCAGAGCAGCUGUGCUGCACAAAACUUUUCCCUAAUGUCGCUAAGCGUGGCGUAGUCUAAUGACAUUAACAUCGAAAGCACUGUCGGUUUGUUUGGGUACAUUUAUGAUGGCUUUGUACAUCGCAUUUAUGCUGUAUAUAGUACUGUAUUAAAUAAUAAACGACCGUUGGACCAUCCAUAAUGAUCUAUAAGUCCUGUACCCCUUUGAACAUAUCCGAUACAGAAAGUGGGGUCAAAGAAAGGAGGUACAAGACGUUACGUUGCUAUGCGAUUGCAUUCAACGACAGAUCACUUAUUCGCGUAAUAUCUGAAGGCACCCGAAAAGCAUCGGUUUAUAAGAAUUGCUUGACCGAUUUCGUUUUGAUCGCAGCUUUCAACAUGAGUAGUGAAAAAGAUUUCAGAUACGUUAUCCCUGCUAUUACACGUCAUUAGAUCCUGAUGGAAGCAGUGGCAGCUAUCACUGAACAUUUGACUGCAAGCUAGACUGUACGUAGCUUCUGUCACAAAACUUCAUUCUGCAUACUGGCGGGUAUUCUUAACAUCACGGUUGAUUCAAUGCAUUAACUUUGCUUCGUACUCAGAACCUCUGCAAUUCUCGUACAUCUCGUGGUUUACCCUUGUAAGCCGACGGGAAACAUAUCUGUAAUCUGAGGGAACUUACGUCUUACGUAUUGCACUUACGUUCGGUACGUCUACGACUUACAUUCAUGCCAAACGAUCCAAGUAGUCGCUCAGUCUUGACAUUUGGAUCGGUUGGAAGCGCCUACUACGCAAUGUCAUUGCUUAUUUCUGUAAUGACUCAUACGUGAACCAAUCCGAUUUUUUCAUAACAGCAUCGUUUUUACGGCAGUGCCUAUUUCUGCAAACAGAAGUGACAGCGCAGCUUUUUAACCCGUUGAAUAGCGGUUCUCUGGGGUGUUUUUACGACGAAAAUUCGGCAACGUGUUCGAUUCUGAAUCAAAGAAAACGUUCGAAGCUGAGUAAGUGCCCAGAAACGCUUAUGACUCACGUCCCCCAUAAAGCCCCUGGCUUAGAUUAACAAAUAGAUACUUGAAAUGUUUACUCUUCUACAUCUCUGAACCGCUAUAACAAACUUUUUUUUGUAAUCCUCUGAAACUUCUGUCGAUGGAAAGGGAUGCACCUCGAAGCGUUGUGAUAACAUAUUGAAUAGAAGGAGAUCGAUGAUUAUGCUGCUGAUGAUGAGCAAAAUAAGGGGUGAAGAUGACUCUAUGAGUAUAUACAUACCUUGACACGUUACCCUCUCAUCUUUGCUAAUUAAAAAUUUAAGAGCAUAAUGAGUAUAUGACAAUACAUGUGUCUCUCAGUUGAGUAUCCUAACUCGUAAUGAUAGUGAAGCCGGGCUUAAAGGCUCUAGCAUGUACACAAACGAGGAAACUCCGAUUUAAUCAUCAGUCGACUGAGUAACUAAUCACCCAUCAAGCCAAAAAACUUGCCACCAUUUUUGCAAUACCUAUGUGUUUUCGAGUGAAAACAUCCGUUCGUUAUCUUUCUAUCUCUGACUCUGCGAGACACCAUCAGCAGAUCGACUUGUCCGAUGUCCGAAUGUCAAAUGUGCGACACAGCAAAACUGCGAGCAAAUGAGUGCUUGCUGAUAAAGACAGUAGAAGUAAAAAAUUGUUAAGAGCGACAGAGACGAGGAGGUAGAACAGGUGAGGGAGGGAAACGGGGGAUGCUGGGAGGUCAGAAAGCAACCGAUUGAAAGAGAUGCAUAGAUAGAAAAGUGUAGAAGCGUAUCAUCGAACUAUGGUGCCUAAGAGGCUCAACUAUAAAAAUCUCAAUUGAACCACGAGGCAUGUUUCAUUCCAUCGAUUUAUCCUGUAAUUAUCUGCCGCACAAUUACCCUUCCUCUCAUGGAUGUUCCCCCUUAAUAAUGAUACACCAUUCUCUUACCAUAACGUAGAAGUGUAACAAAGACAAUAUAAUUUGUUAACCUUCUAGUUCUGCACGUAGCCACGUUCGUGCCGCAAUCGUUCACGACAUACGAUAUCUAACAGGCAGUGGUCGAAAUAGCACCGAAGCCGCCCUUCAUUUCCGAUCAAAUAAGAUCCGGUGAGUAGAUAAGAGGAGUUAUUAUUAGACUGCGAAUCACGUACUUGUAGAAUGACUUCCACCCUUUUUAGGGACGCCGAGUAGUACGUUACACAAUUCACAUAUCUAAGGGCCUGCAUCCACCAGUUGUACGAUGGAAAUACAUAUAUAAGCACGCAUUGACUACCACUAUAUAGAAGUUGGAAUCGGACGGACAUCCUUAGAGCAAAGAGGGAGUGUCCUACAUCGAGCUGCCCUUGGAGAAACCCCACUAAAUUUACAUAGCCAUUUUCUCGGAAUUCAGACUGAUUCGCUUAGAGCUUUAUACCUAGGAAUACACCAUCAUCCCUUAUCGCCUUUUGCUGAUGUGCAAAGAAGGCCUGAUCUAUGAAGGAAAAUGCUUAGAGCUACAGGAAUGAUCAUCUUCGAAAAUGAACGAACUUAUUAUAACGAUGCCUGUAUUAAAAUGGUACUAUUGAUACCUUUGAUGGCAGCGAUGAAACUAGUGCGCGUAACAUAAUUAUAGCGGUGAUAGUCGUGUUAAACAUGGUGAUUAUAACUGAAGACUAAUAAUAUAAAGGAAUUAUAUAUAUAAAAAAAUAUAAAGGAAGAAUGCUGACAGAAUAAUAUUAAUUAUAGAAACAUUACUAAUAUUGUUCAAUUGGAGUAUAUAUAUAUAACCAGUAGAGCCGAAACAAAAAACAUUAAUGAAGCUAUACUCUAUAUACACAUCUCAUUAAUAUCUAUAUAUAAAUAAUAUAUAGAAAUAUGUAUAAUAUACACUAUGACUCAAUCGACGAAUACCAUUUAUUAUAAUGUCUGUGAUAUGUAACGAAUCAUUUGAGUCCAAUCAUGAUUACCGCUGUUACUGGUUCUGUCUGAGUGAGUUCUUCAGUUUACCUCAAUUUAUUGUACAAUUACUGACGAAUAGAAGACAUAUAAACAUAAACUGGUAAAAACCUAUAUGCUUUCAAUAUGGCGAUUUGUAGCAUUAUAUAACAUAUCGAUUCUCUUCUCAUGAACAACAAUAACGCGUCAGCUUUUCUAUUCUACAUAUUAUAUAAUACUAAUACUAAAGUCAACAAUUAAUAUCAUUCGAAAUAUGGAUACCAACAGUAAUAGCGCGACUGCUCGACAACAGUGAUUCUGGUUGAAAAAAAAAUAACAAUAAAAACAUUUGUUUCAUUGCAAAGGUGGAAAUGUAACGUUAUUCGAACGCUUCGACCAUAUACAUGCCGCUCUACAAAUUUGCGUUUCUGAACGGUAAUCAUAGGCUCUUUCUCUUUAGGUUGUUUUCAUAUACUUUACACGACUGCCCGUAACCGACUUGCAAAUGCAGUUGUGACCUUUCAUCCACGAUCGUUUGCUUGUUGAUGUAAACACAGUUCCAGGAUGUCUGCUAACAAAUCUAAACAAAACGUUCACGCGGGCGAAACUAACGGCAGGGCCAACAAAAAAUAAUUAAGAAUAUAGCAAUGACCGGUGUUGAUAACGAAGGUCGUCAUCAUCACCAUCAUCGUCGUCAAAAAAUAUCAAUGGUUUAAAAGAAAUAUAAGGUCUCCGACAUAGCAACGACAACAACGACAAUGCUUAACAUCAACAAAUAGGGUAGAUGGCAGAAGACCUAUCGUAUCUAACCGUUGAUGUUGAGCGAUCAAAAAUGAUGACUGAACUAUAAGCUGCCAUAAUCACGAGAAUAAAAAAACACUACAUAUAUACAUAAAACAUCAUUAGUAAAAACAGAAAAAGACGCCGAAUGAAACGUUACGACGAGUCUACCGUUAUGUAUUUAGAAAAUCUAUUUAGAUUCGUGCUCGGUACCCAGCAUAACUGGUUAACGUUACUAUGUAAUAAAAAUUUUCAGACUACAACAAAUAAUAAGCUUUCAGAGUUUCUAACCAAGAUGAUUAUUGAAAAAAGAUUUUCGUACCAUGAACGAAUAACAGCGUAAGUUAGCGUCAUUAUUCGUGACCGUAACAAGCUAUAAGGCUAUACCAGUAACGCUCUCAUUGAUAUUAACCUUCAUGAAGGGUAUCCUGUUUCUGAGACGGUGUCACUAUCGAAGGGAUUACUUAAACUUCGGUUAAGGAUAUGCUUUUGAUUCCAAUGAAAAAAAAAAAAAAAGAAAAAAAAAA